AUGGCGGGCGUGACCUUAUUUCCUGUAGUGCCAACCGCUCCCAUAUGCACAAGAUAUUUAGGUUGUGCACCCCGGGCUGCGAUUCAUGCGGACACUUGGGUUUUGUUUUUAUCACAUCUGCGACCCGUCUAUCCAUUUGUAUGUGCUGCGCUUGUCAUCUUUGCCUCUUUUGUCUGCAUUCCUGCACCACAAAGCGCACAAUGGGCUAGCGCCUGGUCUCUCCGGCCUGAUUUGCUGUUGAGUGUGAAGCAGGGUGUAGGAUGUGACGUGAAGGCGAGUGAGUGUGAGUGCUAG